CGGAAUAGGCUUAUAAUGGCAGUAGAAGGGUUAAAAGCACGUCUGAAGGAAGGUCAAGACAUCAUCGUGGCUGAGGGUUAUUUGUUAGAACUAGAGAGGAGGGGGUAUUUACAAGCUGGAGCAUUUAUUCCGGAAGUCGUUUUGGAACAUCCAGAGGUUGUCAAAGCUCUUCAUGAAGAAUUUGUACACGCCGGAAGUGACGUAGUCGUGGCUUUUACCUAUUAUGGUCACCGAGCGAAGCUUAAAGUCAUUGGGCGAGAGGAUGACCUGAUGGAACUUAAUUUACGUGCUCUGAGGAUGGCCAAAGAAGUGGCUGUCAAAACUGGAACGUUAAUGGCGGGGGACAUUUGCAACACCAAUAUAUUCCGUAGCGAUGAUCCAAAUUCUGUAGAGGAAGUCAGAGAGAUUUUUCGGGAACAAAUCGAAUGGGCCGUACAGUGUGGGGCGGAUUACAUCAUAGCAGAACGGUUCCACGAGUUUGCCGAGGCCAAGCUGGCUCUGGAUUGUAUCAAAGAGUAUGGAAAUGGCUUACCAGCGGUGGUAACACUGGCACCCCAUGAAAAAGAUGAAACCAAAGACGGUCUUUCUUUUCCGGAGGCAUGUAAACGUCUAGAAGAAGCGGGUGCUGCUGUUGUGGGGUUAAAUUGUCUUAGAGGACCCACGACAAUGCUUCCUCUACUGAGAGAAAUCAAGAAAGUGUGUAAGGGACCUAUAGCUGCACUCCCAGUUCCGUAUCGAACGACCCCUGAAGAACCAACAUACGAGACAUUGAUUGACCCUGAUACAGGGAACUCUGCAUUUCCCGUUGACCUCCCGCGAUUUUUCUGCAGUACAACCCAAAUUGCCGAGUUUGCAAAGCAAGCAAGAGAAAUUGGUGUGCAGUACAUCGGUCUUUGUUGUGGAAAUGCUUCGCACUACACUCGGGUAGUGGCGCAGGAAUACAACAGGCGACCGCCUGCCAGUAAAUAUGCACCGGAUAUGUCGAAGCACUAUAAGUUUGGAGAAAAGGAGUUUGUAAAGAAGCACCAUGAUUUGUGACGCUUUAGUCCAUUGCUUUAUAAUUCCUAAACUUUUUGGUCCCUGGAUUACUGAAAUGCCAUUAUCAAAAUGAGUUUAUGAUUUCUAAGUGCUGUUCAUUUUUUGUGUAAUUUUCCCUGAACUUGGCAAUGAGAUUUGCAAUUGUUUGCUUAGAAUUUAAAUAGAGUAUACCAAUAUAUCAAACAAAAAAAAAAUUCAUAAAUCAAAGUAAAAAAAAAAAUUCAUUUUUUCUUUUUCAGAUAUAAAAUUUGGUGUUUUUACAUGAAUAUGCACGUGCAUCUUAACCAUUCUGGUUUAUAUCAGACGAAUAAUAAAGAAAUUAAUGUAAAAUCUGAGUCAGGUAUCUCCUGAUUCGAAAUGUACCAUCGAUAUUUUUUUAUCAUUAGUGGAUGAUAUCUUAACCUAUAACGAAAUUGUUAUCAUUUAAUGGAUGUUUAAUUUUAUCAAAUAAAAAACAUUUACUA